AUGUCAUCUUUAAAACAUUCAAUCCAUCGUAGAGUUCACUUAGAAAGGGCAACUCCUGCUAAUCGUUUAAGGUUUGGGAUCUUAGAAAGAAGACAGGACUACAAACUCCGUGCUAAUAGAUAUCAUGAAAAAGAAAGACUAUUUCAAGCUUUAAGAGAAAAAGCUAGAACCAAAAAUCCUGAUGAAUUUCAUUUUAAUAUGAUUAAUUCUAGAUUAAAUAAAGGAAGAUAUGAAAAAGUUGAAAAAUUUUGUAUUAAUGAAUCCUUAUCUAAGGAAGAAAAGAAACUUAUGUCUAGUCAAAACCUAUCAUACAUUAGAUAUAGAAAAUCUAUUGACAAUAAGAAAAUAGAAAGGAUGGCAAGUGAAUUGCAGAUUAUUGGAUAUUCUACUGAGAGAAAACAUUUAUUUUUUAGUGAUGAUGAAAAUGAAGUUAAUUCUAAUUGUAAUAAUACUAUAGAUAAAAAUCUUACAAAGGAUAUAGUUAAAACUAUAACUAAAUCAUACAAAAUGUUAAAUGAUACAAUUAUACGUUCCUCUAAACUAGAAAGAAUUGAAGGGAAGCUUGAAUUACACAAAAAUUUGUUGGAAAAAGGUAGAAGAAAGAAAAUUAUAGAUAAUAAUGGAAAAGUAAAUUUUGUUUGGUAUCCAAAAAGGAAAAAAUGA